AUGCUCGUGUCUCUCUGUUCGGCUGUCUCUCACAUCUUCAAGCUCCCUGCAUCGAUUCUCGUCUCUCUGUGCGCCUUGCUGUUGGACUGGGUUGGAUGGUUGGUGGCAUUGUGUUUGAGGCAAGUGGAAGGUAUUUGGGGAUGGCAUGACAGUGUAUCGGGUCAUGAGACGGUCGUCCCUAUAUGA